CUGUGGCGGCGGCGGCCUUGCGGGGUAAUAGUUAGAUCGCGGUUCCGCGCGGAGGGUCGCCGGCGCGUCACCUCUCGGAGGGCGAGGCCUGAGGCCGGCCAGACCAUGGCGACCACCGUCAGCACGCAGCGCGGGCCGGUGUACAUCGGGGAGCUGCCUCAGGACUUCCUGCGCAUCACGCCCACGCAGCAGCAGCAGCAGAUCCAGCUGGACGCACAGGCUGCACAGCAGCUGCAGUACGGAGGGGCACUGGGCACCGUGGGCCGCCUUAGCAUCACCGUGGUGCAGGCCAAGCUGGCAAAGAACUACGGCGUGACCCGCAUGGACCCGUACUGCCGGCUGCGCCUGGGCUACGCGGUGUACGAGACGCCCACAGCCCACAACGGCGCCAAGAACCCGCGCUGGAACAAGGUCAUCCAGUGCACGGUGCCCCCGGGUGUGGACUCCUUCUACCUGGAGAUCUUCGACGAGCGAGCCUUCUCCAUGGACGACCGCAUUGCCUGGACGCACGUGACAAUCCCCGAGGCGCUGAGGCAGGGCAAGGUCGUGGACGAAUGGUACAGCCUGAGCGGGCGGCAGGGCGACGACAAGGAGGGCAUGAUCAACCUGGUCCUGUCCUACACGUCGCUGCCGGCUGCCGUGAUGAUGCCGCCUCAGCCCGUGGUCCUGAUGCCCACUGUGUACCGGCAGGGCGUCGGCUACGUGCCCAUCACAGGGAUGCCCGCCGUGUGCAGCCCCGGCAUGGUGCCUGUGGCCCUGCCCCCAGCCGUGAGCGCCCAGCCCCGCUGUAGCGAGGAGGACCUGAAGGCCAUCCAGGACAUGUUCCCCAACAUGGACCGGGAGGUGAUCCGCUCUGUGCUGGAGGCCCAGCGGGGCAGCAAGGAUGCGGCCAUCAACUCCCUGCUGCAGAUGGGCGAGGAGUCCUAGAUGUGCCCCCGCUGCCAGCCCGCCUGCCCGCCUGCCCGCCCAGCUCCCAGGAGUACCGUCCCCAGCAGAUCCCCGUGAACGCGCCCUGCGUAGCCCCUUCCUCGGACGUCUGUGUAGCCCAGUCCACGCCCCUGUUCGGGAUGCA